GGCAAAGCACCCGAACCCUGCGCCGCCGAUCCCGAGCCCGUGGACGGCGCUGCCCAUGCAGCAGCCCUCCGUCGUGCCGAUGACGAUGCCCGUGUCUGGAAGGCAGCAGAAGCCGCACACCAAUCGGCGGUCGACAGCGUUCACCUAAGGGCGCGUCUCCUCGUCACUGGUCGUUUGCCCUCCUAGCAUUGGUCGCAUUGCACCACCCACAAUAACCCCCUCAUCAUCAUCAACCCGGAUUGGACUUUGCAGACUCAAUGACACGUAUAUUUUCGAGUUUCCGGACGCCACAAUCUGUAUUUUGUCCCCGAACGGACCUCGCAUACAUAUCAUAUCCUUAUAUUCCUCUGCCACUCGCACUGGCCCGUCAAAAGUACUGCCUAAGCCCCUCCGCUCGUUAUACCACGCUCGCUCGCUUUCUCGCUCCCCUGCUCCCGCCAUGCCCUUCCGUCGUCCUGGACGGAUCACACUUUCUCCUUCAUAAACCCUACACAUUUUUUCCAGACCACAUACACUGUGCUCCUACUACUACCCCUUCACGAACUUUCAGAACCCUUUCUCCCUCCAUCGGCCAGCUUAAUUUUAUUACAGGUGUACACAGUACGUUGUUCCAGGUCCAUCCCACGCUCAGUUCCGACGACGACGAUAUUAUAUCCUCUGUCCUUGUACAACGAUGUUUCUUGUUGCUCCCUUCCUUGCUCCGGCUUUCACCACCUUCUGCCCGGUUCCCUCACCCUCGUACCACUCGCUUAAGACGUGGCGGCUAUGCCUUGGGCGCUCUAGGCGCUUUCGGGGGAGCUGCGCGCAAGUCCUCUAGUGGUCGUACGGCGCCUCAGAGGAGUGUUGUGCGGGCCUUCACUGGGCCGCACGAUGCCUUUGAGGAUUGUUCUACGGACGCUCGCGAGGAUCGUGCGUGUGCCACCUUGGAGGAUCGACUAGAAACCUUCGGUCUAGCACUUUACUAUACUCGAUGCAUUGUAAUACCCCUUGUCGCAUGACUUCGGUUGUACAUACGUACGGAUGGGCGUUGAGAGAGGUCAUAGGUGCUCCGUAGCCUGUAGGGCCAUAGAGAGUGCGAGAGUACUAUAGCUCAAUGGAGUAUAGAGGAUUCACUCGG